AUGGCAAUCGAUAAGACUUGGGUGACCAUGAGAAAUCGUAAGGAUCCAGCUUACUGGGAAGGUCUCCAAGUCUUUAUGGAACUUGCGUCUAAACACAAGGAUUGUGACGGAAGAAUUUUCUGUCCUUGUGUUAAAUGCAAGAAUACUAGAUUGCAUCCUUUGAAUACUGUGGAGGCACACAUCUUUACAAAGGGUUUCGAGAGCAGCUAUGAGAGGUGGAUUUACCAUGGGGAGCCAGAUGAACCUGUCGAGGCUAACAUCAAUGUCGAUGCGGAUGAGAUGGCUGGUGUCAUUGAAGAUUUCUUCCCUCCUAUAGAUGACGACGAAAGAGCUGGUGAUGAUGAAAUGCAGAGGGGUCAGUAUUAUGAUGACAUGUUUGAGGAGAUUGAGGCACAGUUGUAUCCUGGUUGCGAUUGGAUAUCCUCCCUCAACUUUAUAGCAAAGUUGAUGCACUUGAAAAAUUUGGGAAAAAUACCAAAUUAUAUCUUUGAUGAAUUGUUGAAGUUGUUGAAGUUUGCAUUUCCGAAGGAGAAUAAAAUUCCUGCAACACACUAUGAGGCGAAGAAGAAAUUAGGAAAAUUAGGAUUAGGGUACAAAUCAAUCCACGUGUGCGUGAACAAUUGUUGUUUGUUUCACAAUGAGCAUGCCUCGAAAGAUUUUUGCCCGGCGUGCGGGACCAGUAGAUGGAUUAAUGAGGAGACAAGCAGAAAAAAAGUAGCGCAUAAAGUGAUGCGCUACUUUUCGCUGACUCCUCGAUUGAAAAGAUUAUACAGUUCAAGACAUACAUCCAAAGAGAUGGUAUGGCAUCGUACUGGUCGUGUGAGAGAAAAUGGUGUUAUGCGUCAUCCUGUUGAUUCUGCCGCGUGGAAAGACUUUGACUCCAGACAUCCUGAUUUUGCAAGAGAUCCUCGGAAUGUUCGCCUAGGCUUAGCUGCUGAUGGAUUUAAUCCUUUUGGCAACAUGAGCCUCUCGUAUAGUAUGUGGCCUGUAGUGUUGGUGAAUUACAAUUUGCCACCUUGGAUGUGUAUGAAGGAUAACAAUUUCAUGUUGAGUCUCCUUAUUCCCAGACCGAAGUCACCUGGUAAGGACAUGGAUGUCUUUUUAAGGCCAUUGGUGGACGAGCUGAACGCAUUGUGGACUCAGGGUGUUGAAACAAGAGAUGCUACAACCAACUCAAUGUUCAACAUGCGCGCAACUCUUCUUUGGACAAUUAAUGAUUUUCCUGCCUGUAGUAGCUUGUCCGGAUGGAGUGGACAGGGAUAUAAAGCCUGUCCUACAUGCAACGAGGAUACUACUUCUAUUUGA